AUGUCUUCGAACCACGCAUUUCAAGCUCGCUCCCUCUACAGGGCUCUUCUCCGCGAACUCCCGCCGCGUCCACUGUCAAAGCCCUCGCCUCUCCAGAGCCGUCUUCGAGCACUAUUUCACCCAUCGGCUGCUCCGCAAGAAAGCGACGCGGCGCUCCAGCAGCUCGAAGAAGCAGACCAAUUCAUCCAGUAUGCUCGCGCGCAGAGGACAUAUGCUACGCUCCUCGAUCGGUAUAAUCCGGGUAUGAACAUGGACCAGGAAGAGAGGGUACGCUUGACGGCGCGGAGGGUUGGGUUGGAUUUGCCUGUCGAAAAUGAGGAGAAUAAGAAAUAA